UCAGAUUUCUCCACUGAGGAGGUCACAGGAUUAUGAGAGGAAGAGCAGAAGAAAGUGGCUGGACUUGGGCACAGCUGUGACCGUGGCCCCUUCCUUCUGCAAGGAGUCCAAGCUGCCGCAACACCGAGGUGGUGCUGGACCUCGCUCUACUAAGGGCUGAAGCGCUGGGGGUGUAUUUGUGGCACAUCCCCAGCGGCAGAACUGCUGGCAGCCCCAGAGCUGAGGGAGGGCUGUGAAGCCCGUCCCACCCCACAGCCACCUGGGAAAAGGAAGCAGAAAAAGGAGAAACAGCAACUUACCUCACAGCUCGAUCUUCGGACAUUACCGACGAGCAGCUGUGGGGGAGAAGACGCUGCCGGAGGAGCUGCAGCCUCCGGCUCACUGCACCGAGGAUCUGCCAGGGGCCACCAUGGGCUCUGUGAACUCCCGAGGUCACAAGGCGGAAGCCCAGGUGGUGAUGAUGGGCCUGGACUCAGCAGGCAAGACCACGCUCCUGUACAAACUGAAGGGCUACCAGUUGGUGGAGACCCUGCCCACCAUUGGCUUCAAUGUGGAGCCUCUUGAAGCCCCGGGGCGUAUGUCUCUGACUCUCUGGGAUGUCGGGGGGCAGGCCCAGCUCAGGGCCAGCUGGAAAAACUACCUGGAAGGCGCAGACGUCCUUGUGUAUGUGCUGGAUAGCACAGACAAAGCCCGCUUGCCCGAGGCAGGGGCUGAGCUCGCGGAAGUCUUGGACCGCCCCAGCAUGGCCAGCGUCCCUUUCUUGGUGCUGGCCAACAAGCAGGAGAUGCCUGGUGCUCUGCCUCUGCUGGAGAUCAGAGACAAGCUGGGCCUGGAGAGGUUCCAGGGCCGCUGCUGGGAGCUCCGGGCCUGCAGUGCCCUCACCGGAGAGGGGCUGCCCCAGGCGCUGCAGAGCCUAGGGAGCCUCCUGAAAUCCCACAGCCACUGUGUCUCCUGGUGAGCACCGAGGGGCAGUGCGUGCAGAGAACAAGAAGUCUUGACUCAGAGCAGCUUAUCUUUGCUCAUGGGAAUUGGGAGAACCAGCUUAUCCCUGAGAAUUAUAAGCUCAGUUUGUCAAAUAAGAAAUCCUUCUAUGCUUGGACAGGAUUUUUUUUUCCCUUGGGACUUGGUGUCACUGUUGAAAAUCAACUGUUUUUGAAUCAUGAUACUCUAAAGAAAAAAAAAAUACCUUAAUGCA